UUAUCAAGGUUGUAUACAUAUACAUAUGAUAUCAAUCUCUGAGUACAAGCUAUAUGCUAUUGUUACAGAAUAUGAUAUAUGGAAUAUAACGUCAUUUAAAAUGUUUUUAUCAGCAAAACUCUUGAUAACAGACGAAUAGUGUCAGCAUGAGUUAGCGAAAAAAUGUUCGGGUAAUUUAAUAUGAAGCUGUGUAUUCGAUUAAACAUAAUUGACCAUGAUGUAUCGAUUAAUAUGUGUAUCUAUGGUUUGCGCGUGGAUUCAGCACGUUGGAAAGUGCGAGGCAGCAACUACUAGCAGUCUGCCGAAUACAACAACAAUUUAUCCAGUAAAGAACGUUUCAAAGCUUCAUUGCUACACAUGUUACGGCGUGGGUCCAACAAAUCCUUGCCUGAACUACUCCAAUUUCAAGGUUGCGUACGCAAUGUGGCGGCAGUCGGUACCGAAUUGGGACGGCCCUGUAAAGGUUGAGACGUGUGAGAGUCCUUACAACGUAUCAUGCAUGACGCUCACUUACAACAACAUUAUGAAAGUCGAGGUGGCUCACUCGAGGAGUUGCUCGGAUAACGAAACCUUUGGACUAGAUAUAAAGAAAGAAACUGAAUUACCUUACACAAAUCUCGUACAAAAUGACAACCGGACAAGGUGUGCUUGGAAUGAAACAAUCUGCUUGUCUUUGUGUAUUGGGGAUUCGGACGAGCCAUGUAAUGGACCACAAAUGGCUGGAAGUUUUAUUUCCGCUUCCGGUUUUCUACUUGUUAUUGGUGCAUUCGUGCAAGUAGUGAAUAGUGAGUUCUUGUUACAUUUUUAACACAUAAAUGUAUUGUAGGGCUGAUGCAUGUAAAGUACAUUUUCAACUGUCUAUGGCGUUUCGUCUAUUUAGCAUUCGAUGGUCAUUUACUCAUAAAACUGUUUAAUAAGCACUAUAAGCAUUAACCCAUCAAAAACAUUAGGACAAGGCAUAUUGCUGCAAAUAAUACGUUAAAUUAUUUGUUUAAUUAUUUUAUUUAUUUUUAUUUAAAGUGAUUUGUUUGAUGAAUACAUAUUAUAUAUAUUCAAUUGGAAAAUCUGACCAUAGUUUACGCUAUUGUGUGCAACGAAUGGCAAACACCUUCAUAUGUCAAUAUGCAAUUGCAAAUUAAAUCUGAAUUAUUAUUUGCAAACCACCAUGCGUGUUUGUAAUACGCGCCAUAGUAAACAUGUUAUGAUAUUGUGAAGAAAUAUUUCGUGGUCGAA